AUGAACCGUCUGAAUACCUACAAUGAGCCGUAUUCAGGAAGUCGAACAUCAUCGCUGCAUGGAUCCCCACGAAGAUCACGAAGGUCGCAGCGUUCGCACCGCUCUCAGCGGUCACAUCAUUCGCGCCACGGGCGAGAAAAUGGAGUUUCCACGAGACAAUCACAUCCACGUCACUCCUACCACAGCAAUCACAGCAACCACACCAACGGGUAUCGGGGCGAUCAGAUCUUUCACUACAACGAUACAUUGCCACCGCAUGCAGUGGGUAGGGCAGGACGACCUGGUACGGUUUCCGAGGAUGAUGAGUACCACACGCCGCGUGUGCCAUCAUUGCCGUUGCAGCAACCCGUUGAAGUGGAAAGUGGUAAGCGUAAAAAGAAAGUGCGGGUACGAAUAGAGGGCGUCAGGAAUUUGCUCCCGGUUUCCCGCACAACGCAGCACCUGCCAUCGACAUUCAUCGCGGUUCAGACGUCGUACGGCCGUGGCAAGACCCCCAUCAUCUACAACGACGCCAAUCCUCCCUUCAACGAUGAAUUUGUUUUUGAGGUAAACAAUCCGGAGACGGAGGAAAUCACGGUGACGGUUGUCGCUGUCACAAGUGCUGGGAAAAAGAAGCUGGGACAGUGCGCGUUGUCUGUGCUGAACCUCAUUUGUGGAGAGGAGCGACGCCAGUGGGUCGCGCUUGUGAGGCACCCGGGUACCGAACGGGCGUAUGAGUGUGGUUCUGCAUUGAUUUCACUCUACACGGACUCCUUUGGGGUGUACAACGUACCUUCAUCGUCGGCUGAGAGUGAGUUCCGUGAAAGACUUCGUGUGCUAAUGCGCAUUAAUGCCCCAGAAGAGCUUCACCGCCUGGAGUGGUAUGUUGGGGAGUGCAUGGAUGACUUUGACAGUUCAUUUGCUACAUUGUGUAAGAAAUACCAGAAACCGGACUGUGAGCCGGCCGGUUUCCAGAUAACCAUCAGGUCAGUUGCCAACCUGAUGGAGGAAUUCAUGACGCCGACCACACGUGAGACGUGCUACGUGAAGAUAUCUGCAGGUCGUGCAAAGAAGACUACCAGAAUGGUUCCAUAUCACAGACGGGCUGUAUUCAACGAGACAUUUGAUAUGAUACUGGAUAAUCCAAAGUCAAACAACAUUACGCUCGCAGUAUACUCGGCCAACCACAAGUUCGGUGAAUGUCUUAUAUCAAUGAACAGAUUGCAAAAUCGUGUUGCAAAAGAGCGUACUCACCCCAUUGUCUACGCAGCAGGGACCGGGGAUGCAUGCUACUGUGGCAGCAUUACAGUCGCCCUGUACUCCCCUACAUAUGGUUCUGUUGGGCAUGUGAACGAGCGGGAAGAAGAGAUUAAGCGCACUCGCGUGCAGAACUACUUGUGGAAAUACCUCCGCGAUGAUCUGCAUCGUCUAGACCCAAUUGUGGCAUCUAUUGGAGAUAUCAACUCAUUCAUGCAGGUCUGGGCACAUGAGUUUGGUCCUGAGCCACCGCAGCACCUCAUGAGUCUCCGGAUUCGGCGGUUUCGCCGUGAUACCAAAGAAGAUUUUCCAAAGACAUACGCGGUGAUUGUUAGAGUUGGUCCCGAAUUACACCGAACAAACGGUGUACGAUAUUCACAGGAAUUUAUUUUUAACGAUGUAACUGAACUUCCUGUGUGUACACCGGAGAAGGAUGAACUUCUCUUCAUAGUGGUACAUGAAGCGGAGGCCAACGACGUAGAGGUCGGCCGCGUUGUGAUUUCUCUUAAGAAUCUUCGACGGGAUGAACCGUUUGAGCGUAAGCUGCAUGUUUUUCAAAAUGCACUGACUACAGAUGCAAAAGUGAUCGGUACACUUUUCAUUGAAGGAGUUUCUAGCCAAUUUGGGCUAACUCAGGAAAUUAUACGGCCAGACAAGGAGCAGUACUACCGCCAGCGUGUUGAUGCACUCUUGUCACGCUACAAUCCAUCCCAGUUGCACCGUGUAGAGUAUCUUCUUGGUGACUAUGUGGGACAGGAGGAGCAGCUAAUUAAGCAUUUAACCGAAAUGUAUGGCCCGGAGACAGGGACUGCCCCGAUGCGGAUUCGUGUGUUGGGCAUACGUGACUUUGUGCCCAUGUGUCCGUGCUAUGUGAAGGCCUACCUGGAUGAUGUUGCGGCACUCCGUACCAAAGAUCAUUACGCCUCCAGGUCUAUGCAGUUUGACAUUUCCAUGAAAAAUGAAACGACUGUGCAGCUCGAAAAUCCACUGCGCUCAAUGCUAAAGUUCAAGAUUGCAGAGCACCGACGACUUCGUGCGUCACGUGUCUUAGGCUUGGCUGAAGUGAGUCUCCGCAGCAUGGUGCGGGAAGAGCCGAAUGUUUGUUGGGUGCCUAUUUUUGACGUUAACACACACGAAGAAAUCGGCGUGUUAGGUGUCGAGCUGCAGUCCCCCGGAUUCUCCAGAGGGACAGUCACUCUCUACGGCAAGCUACACAACGGCAGUGGUAAAACUGUACUAGAGGAGGUGACAAAGGAUGUAACCUCGCUUGUUAGAAAAUUCAGACCACAGGAUGUUGCACAAGUUCAGCCACUCAUGGCGCAGUCCACAUCUUUAAAGGAGGCCCACCGCGAACUUAGGAAAAAGCUUGCUCCUAAACCCAUAGCAUUCACCUUUUAUGUACAUAUUGACAAAGUUGAUGUGACACAGAGUGAGGAUAAGACUUCAAUGGACAAGGGACUUAUAUCUGUGUGCGCAUCCUGUUUGAAUGAGCAGGAGCGAUCUUCGAUGAAGGUAGCGUGGGCAGAAAAGAUUGAUACACGCAAAUUUUUUCCAGAAAUGCGCGUUGACAUCUUCGUUCCACGAGAACCUGGCAACUCCGCCGUUGCCCUUCCACUUGAAAUCAGUCUUCACGAGACCUUUGGGCCAGGUAGUCAGCAGUAUUCCAGUGUUGCGCGGCGUAGCACACAUUCCCUUGCAAAUCGUCGACUCACUCAAGAAAGGGAAAUGGGACGUGCCGUGCUUUCCUUGCGUGCCCUCCUAACCAAGCGAAUGUUUCGACUUGGUGAACCUAUUACAGUGCCAAUUCUGCGUUCGAGUGGUCGCACGGUUGCCCAGCGUGCCUCGUAUGGUGUUUUGAGCACCGAUCGAGCUGCUGUUGUUGGCGAAGUGACGUUCCGCAUCACUAUUCCUGCGUUUGAACCCAUUCCGAGAUGGCUGCAGUUUAACCCACAGACGCUGCAACGCUUUCAUCGCCCGUAUGUGCGUUAUUUUGAGAAACGCAUAUCAUGCAUCUACCGUGCAUAUGAUCCUUGGGCGUUGCGUGACUUUCACUUUGCAUUCUAUGAGAGGGACGUAACCUCGUCGCAGUGGCCUCUGUCACUAUACGACUGGCUGGUGUCUCUUAUUAAACGUUACGGGCCAGAGCCACGGACAGACUUUGGGCCUCCACCAAAACUUCCAUUCGACUACGAGGUGGGCGAGGAUGAGGAGGCGGAUCGCCUGGAGAACGGAGCGAGGCACGGUGCCUUCUCGUCCACUGAGCGGGAAGGGACGGAGACGUCAUCAACGAAUCGAUCUCCUUCACGCAGGCGCCAGGUGGGUGCUUACUGUUGA